GGUCCCGGGGGGCGGCUGAGGGGGCCGGGCCGGGCUGCGGGGCGAGAGACGCGGCGGGGCCCGGGACGGCGGCGCGGCCCGGGACGGCGAGGCUCGGCAUGGCUAUGGCGGCGCGCUCUUCGCAGACAGAGCUGUGACCGGGCCCUGCUCGCGGCUGAGGAGCCUGCCCACCAUGGCGAGCCCCACUCUGAGCCCCGACUCCUCGUCCCAGGAGGCCCUGUCGGGCCCCACCUGCUCCCCCACCUCUGACUCCGAGAACCUCAGCCCCGAUGAGCUAGAGCUGCUGGCCAAACUCGAAGAGCAGAACCGGCUCCUGGAAGCCGACUCCAAGUCCAUGCGCUCCAUGAAUGGCUCCCGGCGGAACAGCGGCUCCUCGCUGGUGUCCAGCUCCUCAGCCUCCUCCAACCUGAGCCACCUGGAGGAGGACACAUGGAUCCUGUGGGGCCGGAUCGCCAACGAGUGGGAGGAGUGGCGGCGCAGGAAGGAGAAGCUGCUCAAGGAGCUGAUCCGCAAGGGCAUCCCGCACCAUUUCCGGGCCAUCGUGUGGCAGCUCCUGUGCAGCGCCACGGACAUGCCAGUCAAGAACCAGUACUCGGAGCUGCUCAAGAUGUCCUCACCUUGCGAGAAGCUGAUCCGCAGGGACAUCGCCCGCACCUACCCGGAGCACGAGUUCUUCAAGGGCCAGGACAGCCUCGGCCAGGAGGUGCUCUUCAACGUCAUGAAGGCCUACUCCCUGGUGGACCGGGAGGUGGGCUACUGCCAGGGCAGCGCCUUCAUCGUGGGCCUACUCCUCAUGCAGAUGCCUGAGGAGGAGGCCUUCUGUGUGUUCGUGCGGCUGAUGCAGGAGUACCGCCUGCGGGAGCUCUUCAAGCCCAGCAUGGCAGAGCUGGGGCUCUGCAUCUACCAGUUCGAGUACAUGCUACAGGAGCAGCUCCCGGACCUGAACACCCACUUCCGCUCCCAGAGCUUCCACACGUCCAUGUAUGCCUCCUCCUGGUUCCUCACGCUCUUCCUGACCACCUUCCCACUGCCCGUCGCCACGCGUGUCUUUGACAUCUUCAUGUACGAGGGCCUGGAGGUCGUGUUCCGGGUGGGCCUUGCCCUGCUGCAGGUGAACCAGAUGGAGCUGAUGCAGCUGGACAUGGAGGGGAUGUCCCAGUACUUCCAGAGGGUAAUCCCCCAUCAGUUCGACAGCUGCCCGGACAAGCUGAUCCUCAAGGCUUACCAGGUCAAGUACAACCCCAAGAAGAUGAAGAGGCUGGAGAAGGAGUACGCAGCCAUGAAGAGCAAGGAGAUGGAAGAGCAGAUCGAGAUCAAAAGGCUUCGGACAGAGAACCGGCUCCUGAAGCAGCGGAUUGAGACCCUGGAGAAGGAGAGCGCUGCUCUGGCUGAUAGGCUAAUCCAGGGGCAGGUGACACGAGCGCAGGAGGCUGAGGAGAACUACGUCAUCAAGCGGGAGCUGGCAGUGGUGCGGCAGCAGUGCAGCUCAGCGGCCGAGGACCUGCAGAAGGCACAGAGCACCAUCCGGCAACUGCAGGAGCAGCAGGAUAACCCGCGCCUCACCGAGGACUUUGUGGCCCACCUGGAGACGGAGCUGGAGCAGUCACGGCUGCGGGAGACCGAGACUCUGGGGGCCCUGCGGGAGAUGCAGGACAAGGUUCUAGACAUGGAGAAGAGGAACAGCUCGCUGCCCGACGAGAACAACGUGGCGCGGCUGCAGGAGGAGCUGAAGGCGCUCAAGGUGCGGGAGGGUGAGGCCGUGGCCUCGGCGCGGGAACUGAAACUGCAGCUGCAGGAGCUCUCGGACACCUGGCAGGCCCAUCUGUCCCGCGGCGGCCGCUGGAAGGAGUCCCCGCGGAAGCUGGUCGUGGGCGAGCUGCAGGACGAACUGAUGAGCGUGCGGCUGCGCGAGGCCCAGGCUCUGGCCGAGGGCCGCGAGCUGCGGCAGCGCGUGGUGGAGCUCGAGACGCAGGACCACAUCCACCGCAACCUGCUGAACCGCGUGGAGGCGGAGCGAGCGGCGCUGCAGGAGAAGCUGCAGUAUCUGGCGGCGCAGAACAAGGGGCUGCAGACGCAGCUCAGCGAGAGCCGCCGCAAGCAGGCGGAGGCCGAGUGCAAGAGCAAGGAGGAGGUGAUGGCCGUGCGCCUGAGGGAGGCGGACAGCAUGGCGGCGGUGGCCGAGAUGCGGCAGCGCAUCGCCGAGCUGGAAAUCCAGAGGGAGGAGGGCCGCAUCCAGGGCCAGCUGAACCACUCGGACUCGUCGCAGUACAUCCGCGAGCUCAAGGACCAGAUCGAGGAGCUGAAAGCCGAGGUGCGGCUUCUGAAGGGCCCGCCGCCCUUCGAGGACCCGCUGGCCUUCGAUGGGCUCGGCCUGGCGCGGCACCUGGAUGAGGACUCGCUGCCGUCGUCGGACGAGGAGCUGCUCGGCGUGGGCGUGGGCGCGGCGCUGCAGGACGCGCUCUACCCGCUGUCCCCGCGCGACGCGCGCUUCUUCCGCCGUCUGGAGCGGCCGGCCAAGGACAGUGAGGGCAGCUCAGACAGCGAUGCCGACGAGCUGGCCGCGCCCUACAGCCAGGGCCUGGACAACUGAGGCAGUGCCCCGCGUGCUCGGAGCCCGGGGCCGCCGCCUGCCCGCUCCUUCGCCGCCACCCGCACUUAACAAACUCCAGGCCCUCGGCGGUCCCGCCCACCCCGAGGGCCAGGACCAGCGCGGCAGGGCGCAGAGGGUAGGACCGAAGUCUGGGGAUCCUGAGUCCCCUGGCAGGCCGACUCUCCCCAGCAGUGUUUAUCCAUCUUGGUCCAUACCCCUCUGGGCCCAGUUACCUGGAGGGUCUGCCCCUCUUAACAGCCAGGGCAGGGGAGGACCCAGGGGUCCCAGGACUGGAGGAGCAGGAACGUCCCCCCUCCUAGCUGGCCUCCUUCUGGGACAAGGGUGGCCCGGCUGGGAAGGACCCAGGAGCUAGAGGAGGCCUGAGGAAGAAGAGGCCGCUCUAGGCCCGUCGUUACCACCCCGAACCACCCUCGGGACCCUUGGCCUCUGGGGACAGAUGGCCAGGCUGGGUUUUCCUGCCUGGUGCAGGCAUUGUGGCCCCUGCGACAGAAACCAAAGUCCCCCCUACUGUGUGCAGGGCCGCGCAGGGUGUGAGUGGCCAGCCGGAACCAGCCAGGGCCUGGGUAGUGUCUGUCCCUGCUUCUUGGGGGUCAGAGCAGCUGUAAGGAAGUGAAGAGACCCCCCCUCUCCCCAGCACACCACAUCUUCCUCUGUGACAGUCCCAUCACCCCAGGCUGGCCAGUAAUGAAGGGGCUCCCCGACCCAGGCUAGCCUCCUCUCCAGGGGGUCCCCAGCCUCCACUUCCGUUCCUUCUCAGUAUCCCCGGCCCCACUCUCUGGCCAGAGCCAGGCCCCAGGGGAGGAGGCCUCCCAGUUGAGUUGCCUCCCCGCGCCUGCUCAUGGUGGUCCCGUGGUCUCUGCUGAGUCAGAACCAAGAACGGUGCCAAAAUCCAACGAUGCCCCCAGACCCCUACCCCCUGGGGCCUCACGCCCCUCGGGCUGACCCUCUCGGUGCUCCUGGCGCCUAGAGCAGCGUUACGAGCAGUCUCCCCGGCACUUCCUGGGGUGGGGACCCAUGCCCAGUACCCCCUUCCCGCUCGCCCACUCCUCAGUGUUACAAAGCCUGGGGACCAGGGUGGGCAUCCGAGGGGCUCUCCCACGUGCCCCCCACACUGCCCACCACCAUUUUGCACACUGCCUGUUCACACUCCACAUGUCGCCCAGGCGGGAAAGAUGGAAAAUAAAGUGUAUUUACACAGUCAC